CUUGCAGCAGGAGAGAGUGGCGGCAGAGAGUUGAAAAAAAAAAAUGGCGCGUAGAGCUGGAAUAUUUUCACACUUCACUUGGUGAAUUGAAGAUUUACUAUGAACAACUCAGAGGUGACAUGGAAAGAUAAGCCAUGACUGUUUUGCGCCACACUGGAGCACUAAUGAGCAAGCUGAGAGCAACCCCAACGCAGAUCCCCCAUCAGCUGAGGAGCAGCAACAGCUCUGACGGCAUCUGAGGCGACGAGACGCGGGACUGAUCUGCAGUCAGCGGGGAGACAGCCGUGAGAAGCAAAUGACAGCCCUGGGAGAGGCGUAGGAGAGGUCGUGAGGUGCAAAUUAUCAGUGAGUCAGUGAGAGAGUGAGAGUGAGAGGGUUGCUCCAGCGCUUCAACAGCCGACCCCUCUCCACGCUCGGAGGCUGACCCUCUUUCUGAAGACGCAGGACCUUUCCCCUCCCGGAGGAGUUCAGCCAUGGAGGAGACGCUCACCUGCAGCCGCAGCCCUUUCUCCCAGGUGUUUGGCCGUCAGGGUCAGCUCAUGCAAGCCACUGUGCAGUCUCUGAACAGCCUGAAUGACCAGAUUGCAAGCUUCAUGGUGACUGGACCCAAGCCCGUGGAGCCGGAGGAGCCUGCCUUCCGUCCUCCCGAGAAGGAGACAAUGCAGAAGUCCAUGACCCUGAUGAGGCACCUCCUCGUGGAUGCACAGGCAAAAAUCCUGAAAAUGAUGGAUGACAACAAGCAGUUGGCCCAGCGCAUCGAUGGGGCCAUUCAGUCCGCCAGCCAGGAGGUGACCAACCUGCGCUCGGAGCUGAGCGCCACCAGCCGCAGACUGGCCGAGCUGGGGGCAUCCGAGUCUGCCAGCAUGCUGGAGACCCUGCAGCACAACCACAACGAUCAAUCUUCCCAGCCGAGGCAGAAGACGCCGGCCACUGACCUCUGCUACAAGACUGAAAUCAGCAGCCUGAUGGACUUCAACUCUCCCGAUGCCUCCCUGGACAAAGUCCUGCUGCGCGAGGAGGUGGCCCAGCUCCAGGAGGAGGUGCACCUGCUGCGGCAGAUGAAGGACAUGCUGAGUAAGGACCUGGAGGAGACCCAGGGAGGCUGCUCUGCCGACGUGCUCUCCGCCACCGAGCUCCGCGUGCAGCUGGCCCAGAAGGAGCAGGAGCUGGACCGAGCCAAGGAGGCCCUGCAGGCCAUGAAGUCGGACCGGAAGCGUCUGAAGGCGGAGAAAGCAGACCUGGUGAACCAGAUGCAGCAGCUUUAUGCCACACUGGAGAGCCGCGAGGAGCAGCUCCGCGACUUCAUACGCAACUAUGAGCAGCACAGAAAAGAGAGCGAGGAUGCGGUGAAGGCGCUUGCCAAAGAGAAAGACAUGCUGGAGAGAGAGAAGUGGGACCUGAGGCGGCAGACCAAGGAAGCCACGGAGCACACGGGGAUGCUGCGCUCCCAGCUCGACCUCAAGGAGAACCGCAUCAAGGAGCUGGAGGCUGAGCUGGCCAUGAUGAGUAACUGUGUCAAUCAGAGAAUGGAGUUCCGGGUGUUUGAGCGGGUUGCGGACAGGGACUACUACUCUCCUAGGGUCAUGGCGGCCAAACAGUCACUGGCCACCCUGACCAAGGACGUGCCCAAGCGCCACUCUCUGGCCAUGCCCACAGAAACGGUUGUCAACGGCAACAACCAAGAGUGGGUGAUGCAGGCCGACCUACCCCUGACUGCUGCCAUCAGACAGAGUCAGCAGACCCUCUACGUCCACACGGGGCAUCCCACGGACAGACAAGUGGCUGCCGUGCGGGUGAGCCCGUGCCACUCGCGCCAGCCCUCCAUCAUCUCCGACGCCUCGGCGCUGGAAGGAGACCGGUCGUCCACACCGAGCGACAUCAACUCGCCGCGCCACCGGACUCACUCCCUGUGCAAUUCCCUAGAAGAUCUGGAGGAGGCGAAGCGUAAGAAGAAGAAAGAGAAGAUGGGCCUGGGCUCUCUGUCGCGUGUCUUCGCCCGGGGAAAGCAGCGCAAAUCCCUCGACCCCGGUUUGUUUGAUGGUACUUCAACGCCUGAUUAUUACAUAGAGGAAGAUGCAGACUGGUAAAAGCACACAAUGUCCGAGCGAACCACCUGGAGAGCCCUUUCGUUGCAAUUAUCAGAAGACAAGCGCGUGUGUCCGUGUGAGAAGAUGGGUGUGUGUUCGAUGUGAGUGUGCACAGGUACGACAGCGUGCGCACCUGUGCAGUCUCACAUGCAUGCGUCGCCUGUACGCGGCUGAAGAGUGCGUGCAUGCGUCGAGGGCCAUGUCAGAAGGCGGCGGCGCGUCUUUGCUUUGCUGAAGUGUGAAACCUUAAUGGGCAAGUUGCACCUGUAUGUAUGUAUAGCCCUGUAAAUAGAGUGUGACACGGCGACCAUGUGGAUAUGUUCAAUUGUAUCUGCCCUCCAAAAAAAAAAAAAAAAAAGAGGCUGUGUUAUUGGUUCUUUUAGUUGUUCUUUACAUUUUGACUCUUUGUUUUCACUCAACUGGAAACUUGAAGGACUGCUGUACUUGUAAAUAACAACAGUUGAUGUGCA